CCCACCCCCAGUGCGCAGGCGCGCGGCGGGUGACGUCACUCCGCGCCAGACUCCGCCGCGGGAGGCGUCGCACAGUGACCGUGUAGCCAUGGAGCCGAGGGCGGGUGUCUCCAAACAGGACAUCCGUGAACAAAUUUGGGACUACAUGGAAUCCCAAAAUUUAGCUGACUUUCCCCGACCUGUCCAUCACAGGAUUCCCAACUUUAAGGGGUCUUAUCUGGCUUGCCAAAGCAUCAAAGACCUAGACGUUUUUGCCAGAGCACAGGAAGUUAAAGUGGACCCCGAUAAACCGCUGGAAGGCGUUCGGUUGCUGGCACUGCAGAGUAAGAAAACACUGUUGGUUCCAACACCACGAUUGAGAACGGGGUUGUUUAAUAAGAUUACACCACGGGGCAACAAAGACAUCCUGAGAAAAUGUGCCCACUUUCAGGGUGUGAGGAGCUACAGCACCCCCAUAGGCCUGGAUUCCAGCGUCCUCGUGGAUGUAGUCGUGGUGGGAUCCGUCGCCGUUUCUGAAAAAGGCUGGAGAAUCGGGAAAGGAGAAGGCUACGCCGACCUCGAGUACGCCAUGAUGGUGUCCAUGGGAGCAGUCGGCGAGGAGACGCCCGUGGUCACCAUCGUCCACGACUGCCAGGUCGUGGACAUCCCCGAAGCGCUGGUCGGAGGACCACGACAUCACAGUCCGCACUACAUCCUCACAACCAGAGUCCUCGCCACCGGCUGUGAGCGCCCAAAGCCAACGGGGAUCACCUGGUCCAAGAUCAGCUGCGAGAUGAUGGAGAAAAUCCCAGUACUGAGGCGGCUCCGGGAGCGAGAGAGGCAGGCUGGGAAGGAUGUCGCCCUCCAGGAUGAGCCCCGGCACCCCAGCGGCCACCAGAAAGCUCCUCCAGGCACUGUCACAAGUCCCCAGGACGUGCCGGGGCUAGAAGAUUCCGUGGGAGCAGCCCGUGGCUCCCCGCAGGGGGAAGGCGCCCCACUUGCGGCCGAUGUCUACGUGGGGAACCUGCCCCGGGACGCCCGCGUGAGUGACCUGAAGAGGGCGCUCCGAGAGCUCGGCGCGGCGCCCCUGCGGCUCACCUGGCAGGGGCCGCGGCGCAGGGCCUUCCUCCAUUACCAGGACCCCGCCUCGGCUCAGCAGGCCCUCUCCUGCUUGCAGGGCCUGCGCCUGGGCCCCGACAGCUUGAGGGUGGCACUGGCCAGGCAGCAGAGGGACAAGUGACCUGGGGGAUGGCUGGGGGUGCAGAGCCUCGCUGCACAGACACGCCCUCACCGUCGCCCCCGUGUGGUGUGGGGCAGCCCGGGGCCCUGGCUCCUGUGGAACGGGAGGCCUGCGCGGCAGGGCGCGGCAGGACAGCUGCUGUGGGGCUGCUCGGUCUCAGGACUUCCAGGAGGUCACAGCACAGUCACCUGCGCGCAGGGGCAGCUGGCCUCCGUCCACGCUGUGAUGCUCAGGAGGCCGCACAGCCCGACUGAGUCAG